AUGGAUUGUAUUAUUGAAUUUUUAUUCAUUUUACUGGCUACACAUUUCGAUGAAAUUGCUGGCCAAUUGCCGGUUCAUCGACGAUUUGAAUAUAAACAUAGUUUUCGAGCACCUGAUUUAGCUCAACGUGAUGGCUCAAUACCCUUUUGGACGAUUGCCGGUGAUGCGAUAGCAUCGAAUGAACAACUCCGAGUGGCACCAUCAAUGAGGAGUCGUAAAGGUAUUGCAUGGAAUAAACGACCUAUGAUUGAAUCGGAGAAUUUCGUUAUCGAAAUUGCAUUGAAAAUUAGUGGGCAAGGAAGGAUUGGAGCAGAUGGUCUCGCAAUAUGGUAUACAUCUCAGCUUGGAACAAUUGGGCCUGUUUUCGGUGCCAAUGAUUAUUGGACUGGAAUGGGCUUAUUCUUGGAUUCAUUUGAUAAUGACGGCCAAAAAAAUAAUCCUUUUGUUUCCGUGAUGUUAAAUGAUGCAACACGACAGUAUGAUCACCAAAGCGAUGGAUCUCAACAAAUUCUCUCAGGUUGCCAAAAAGAUUUCCGUAAUAAGCCAUAUCCAGUACGUUUAAAGGUGGAAUAUUCUUUACAUGUAUUAACUGUGUAUAUAUCUGAUGGACUGCAGCCGAAUGCUCGUUUUGAAUUGUGUAUUAGGGCUGAAAAUAUAUUUUUGCCUCAAGGGGGUUAUUUUGGCUUAUCAGCAGCUACAGGUGGAUUAGCUGACGAUCAUGAUGUUAUCGAAUUUAGUGUAUUUUCAUUAUUUACGGAUGAACAGCGUCCAAAAAAAGGAGCUCUACCUCAAGAUAUAAAACAGCAAUACGACGCAGAGUUUGAACAGCAAAUGAAAGAAUAUGAAAUGGAAAAGUUCAAAGAACAACAUCCGGAUAAAGUGAAAGAUGAUGAAGAAGAUGUUGCAAAAUAUUAUGAAGAUACAGCGCAACGUGAACUUAGACUUCUUUAUGAAUCGCAAAACGCAAUUUAUCAAGUUAUGCAGCAAAUGGACAAUAAACUCAGAGAAAUAGCUACUUGCGGAACAUCUGCAGGACAAGCGCCUGGAGGUCAGCCGGCUGGUCAAGUUAUUGCUGGAGGAGUCGGGUUUCUGCCUCAUGAAAAAAACGAAGCCCUUCAGGCUUUAAGAGAUCUAACAUCGAGUAUUAGAGAUAUGAAAAGUUAUGUAAAUGAAAUAUUUACACGAACGUAUAAUAUCGACCAAAAACUUAGACCACCAUCAGGUGGGCAUAUAGAUAGCUCUGCACUACACCAUUCUAUUGAAUCAAUGCAUAAUGAUGUGCGGGAAAUCAGAUCCGCUCAAAUUACGCAGGUACUUUGCAAUUAUUUUCAUAUUACUUUUUCAAUAAUUUCAUUCAUUAAUUUUUAUUUUGCCAUUCAAUAUCUAUUUUUUAUUGCUUGUAGGUCACAGGCCAAUUUGAAAAAAAUUAGAUUCUUCUGA